ACUCAGGGUAUGAGAACCCGACGAAUCUGAGCCCAAGCCUCAAUCAUUGCAAGUGUAUUUGUUUUACUUCUACAGCUGUAGGUGUUUGUUGUUGUUCGUGGUGUUCAAUGCAUACUACUUCUACUACCUAGGGUUCGCUGAUAUACGCUUGGGAUUUAUAUAUCGUCUGUCUGUCCGUCCUUCUGGAUUGAAUCUACGGUCUUUGGGCAAGUAUUAAAUUCCCCCUAUGUGCCUGCAUAGACAGAGGGUUCAGUUUAAGUGGUAUAUGAAGCACCAUACCCAAAACAACAGCAGCAGCAACAACAACAACGACGAAAUACUAUGGCACUACGGGUGGAAUUUAUACAACAACAACAGCAGAGUAUAUGGCUGCGUGCCUGCCUCGUUUUGCUUGCUGUGUGAGUGUAUACAGCUCAGUUGUUGGUCGGUCGGUGACUGCCUGAGUGCCACGGCUCUUACCCAUAUAGAAACAGACAACUGCUGCUGCUGUGUGUUAUAGCUGGCUAUAGUUUGUUUGGUUUUCAGCUUGAUGGGUAUGAACGAGUCGUUGAAAAUCGUGUGUUUGGGUCUUUGGCUUGUCGUCGCGUCUCAUUUUGUUGUGAGCAGUCGUUGGCUACGUUACGAUAUCGGGUGUGCGAAAAAUACAAAAAUUUUUGACAUUCAAAAAAUAUACACAGUGAAGAGAGAAGAGGAACUGCUGCUACCAACUACACACAUAUAUAGCCAAUCCAAGAACAGCUAAACAACUGAGUGGAAUUAUUGCAAGAAAAUUGAAACAAAGCGAAGUCAGCUAACAAAAAGAAAUCGGUCCACAUAGAGACCCAUUCGCUAGACUUUCUCAUUUCACAUAACGGGGUCUCUCAGAUUGGAUGUAAUACUGAAACAAAUUUCGUUCGCGUGUGUAAAGCAAAGCUAAAAAAACAAAAAUAGCAAGAACAACAACAACUACUGUAUGUGAAAGUCAAACAAACAAAACAAAAAAAUGAAGCAUUUGAAUGUGUGAUGAAAACACUGAAAUAAUAAAACAAAACAAAAGAGCAAUAACAACAAAUGCAAAGCUGCAUGUGACUGAUUCUGACAUUCGCUAUUGUGAUUGUAUGUAAAUAAAUAACAAUAACAACAACCAUCAACGAAACACCACAUAAACAAACGGGGUCUUGAGAUUUCUGAUUGCACGUGUGUGUACAAGUUCAGUAUUGAAUGAAAAGUUAAAAGUAAACAGAAUAACAAGAAUCAAAACAAAACGGUCCGAAAUAAAGUAAACAAGUUCAUAUACAAAAGGCCAGAGAAUGCCAACCAUCAGACGUUGUUGCAUUGUGGGUUGCAACUCUAAUUCGCGCCUAAAUCCAAAUUUGCAAUUUUUUCAAUUCCCCCGGCCGGAAAAUCCUUUCUAUAAACUAUGGACUCAGGCUUGCCAUGCCUCAUUGAGUCGUAUUUUACCUUUUAAAAAACCGGUGUUGUGUGCUGAACAUUUUGCACCGCAUUGUAUUGGGGGUCGCCGUCUAACCAGCAGUGCAGUACCGAGCUUGAAACUCGAUGUUCCCUCCGACCUGAAAACCGUGGAGCAACAAUCAAUGGUCGAGGAAAUUGAACGCAGUCGCAAGUGUGCCUACAUAAAUGCCGUGGUUUAUGAAUGGCUGGUAAGGGCAAAUUUAAAUCCACAAUUACGUGGCUCCAUUACCCAUGGCAUGAUUAAGGAAAAAGCCGAUACAGCCAAACGAAUAAUUGGUUGUGACACAUUUACAGCCGACAAUCGUUGGCUGAAUCGUUUUCGUGAAAGUCAUUUGGCUGGUUUUGCCCAAAAACUAGCCUCCAAUCAAUUGAAGCCCAUGGGGCCAUCGCUGUGGAUACCGGAUAUUGUGCAGGAAUUGCAGCACAUGUUCCCACCAACCAAUUCGGAACGCAUGGAUAACUUUGAAAACGUACCCGAACAAUAUGUUAACUAUAUGAAGCAAUAUGGUGAAUAUGAGGAAGAUGAUGAAGGGGGAGAACAAGAACAACAGCCACCCAGUGGUUAUGAGCACGGCAGCAAUGGUUAUGCAGAACCACACAAAAUGCCCACGCAUAGCUAUUAUCAUCCGCAACAGCAGCAGCCGCCAUAUGAGGCACAACACAGUUAUUAUCAACAGCACUCAGGUCCACCGCCGCCGCCGCCACCUCAUCAUCCACAGCCACCGGUGAUAGCACCACCCCCAUCUCAUGCAAAUGCCUAUAAUCCCUAUGGUCAUCCGGCAGGCGUUGGUUUACAUCAUCCGGCUUCCAGCUAUAAUGCCUAUCAUGACUAUUAUGCCAAUGAAAGACAUCAGCAGCCACCAUAUCAACCCCAUCCAGCAAUAGCACCGCAACCACCGAUGCCACCUCAUCAUAGCUAUCAUAAUGGAGGGUACCAUCCAAGUCAACAAACAAUGGCCCACCCUCCUCCACCUCCACCACAAAGACCUAUGUCACAUUCGCCGGUGCAGCAACAGCGUCCAACGCCUCCCCCACAACCAAUACCUCAACAGUUCCCAAUUCAUCCACCCCAACGGCCAUCAUCACACUCUCCAGCUCAGAUGCGAUCGUCGCCCAUAGAUCCCUUGCAAUAUGAAAGAACCUCUUCUUCGCCAGCUGUAAAAAGACCAUAUAAUGAGGAUCAAAGCAAUAGUUUGCCACCCAGCAAACGUGCCUCACCCAUAAUAAACGAAAGCCAAUGCGUUUCACGAUCCCCGCCACCAUCAAUUCCUACAGCCAAAACACCACCACAACCAAACGAGGCUAAUGAAUCGAAUAGUAAUGAUAAUUUCAAAAUUAAAUUACCUCCCCUGGCCAAUAGAUCGAAUAAUGCCACACCAACUCCUCCGCCCCAAGCAAGCUCAACACCAACAAUUCCCAACAAUGCCAACAGUUCUCGUUCAUCCUCACCCAAAUCACAAACUGACAAAACCAGCGCCACAGCAAACGGUCAUGCAAGCAAUGGCUCGCCCACACCCAGUAGUAGUGUGGAAGAGACUACUGCACCCAAGGAAUUGGAAACAUACGCCCAGGCAUUGGAAUAUCUCAAGCCUCUGGAAGAUUUUGCCCUAUUCAAAGAAAAUUUCCGGGCAAUUGGUCUUAUUUCGCAAUUAGAAACAAUAUUGAAAAAAUACAAUCGUCCGCCAGUCAGCAAAAAAGCCAUAACCAAUGGAUGUAAUUAAAAAGGAAAACUCGAAUUUGUUUUUAUAGUUUAUUUGUAAAUAUGCGACAAAAGUUUUUAGUUUUUACAAUUUGUUUGACAAAAAUAAUUAAAUGCGUAUUACGGAAUAUCUUAAAUGGAGGACUUUAAGUUAUACUCCAAGAAAACUUUUAUAUAUUUUUUGUUACGAUGACUGAUUACUUGUAUGAUACUUAUUUUUAAUGAAAACCAAUCUCAUUUUGUAUAUUUUAGUUCAGUGGUUAAUGCCUGUUUUUGUUGUAAAUAGAAGUACAUGAAAUACUCUCCAAAUAAUAUAACUUUAUUUAUAAUAAACAAUAUAAAAUAUAUAACUUG